AUGUCAAGGUGGCAAGAUCGCAAGCAGCCUGAUGUUCUCCUUUUGUUUGACGUCGAUGGAACACUGACUCCCGCUCGGAGGACAGUAACUCCAGAAAUUCUGGAAUUACUUAAAUUAGUGAGAAAGGAAGCAGUUAUUGGAUUUGUUGGUGGAUCUGAUCUUGCAAAACAACAAGAGCAACUUGGACCUAAUAUACUCGCAGAUUUUGAUUAUGCAUUUUCGGAAAACGGACUUAUGGCAUACCGAAAGGGUGAACAACUGGAAUCGCAGAGUUUUAUCGGAUGGCUUGGUGAAGAAAAAUAUAAAAAAUUGGUUAAUUUUAUUCUUCGAUAUAUAGCAGAUAUUGAUCUUCCAAUUAAACGUGGAACAUUCAUCGAAUUCAGAAAUGGUAUGAUCAACGUGGCACCGGUUGGACGUAAUUGCACUGUCGAAGAACGAAACAAAUUUGAAGAAUACGAUAAGAUCCAUAAAAUUCGCCCUAAACUCGUAGAGGCAUUGAAGAAAGAAUUUAAAGAUUUUUCGCUCACUUACUCAAUCGGCGGACAAAUAUCGAUUGACGUUUUUCCGACAGGCUGGGAUAAAACCUAUUGCUUAAAGCAUGUUCAAAAUGAAGGGUUCAAGGUAAUUCACUUUUUUGGAGAUAAAGUUUAUGAGGGUGGUAAUGAUUGGGAAAUUUAUAACCACGAGUCGAUCGUAGGACAUUCAGUCAAGAAUCCUGAGGAUACAAUGAGACAA